GACAUUUUGUUUUGUGGACGAACCUGAUAAUCAAGACCACAAGAAAAUUUAUUUUCAGCUGAUAGAGGGGUUCAGCGCGCACCUACCUUCCAAUGCUACCAACAGCCGCUUGUCAAAAAGUGUGAUUCAUUCUGUUAGUUUGAAAGGACAGCUGUUAGACCCACCGUCCAGACAUUGUACCGUUUGAGAUGACAAGCCCCACUCCAAAGCUGAAUAACAAUGGAACCGCCGUUGAGGAGAAAUUCGAUCAGAAAACCAUUCUCAUUUCCAUCACAUUUCUCAUUAUUAUCAUCUUAUUGGCGCUGUUUGGAAAUGUUCUGGUUGUCAUUGCCUUUCGUGUGUUUCAGAAGCUUCGUAAUAUGACCAAUUAUUUCAUCGUGUCACUUGCCGUGGCAGACAUUUUGGUGGCAGGAAUUUCGAUGCCCGUCUGGGGCGCGUACAUUAUCACUGGACCAGAAUGGAAGUUUAAUAAUUGGGUUCAACAGGUUUGGAGCUGUGUCGAUAUUCUUUGCGGUGUUGCAUCAAUUCUCCAUCUUUGUUUCAUAAGCCUAGAACGUUACGUAUGCAUUUCUUCACCACUCACUUACCACAACAGAAUGACAACCCGUAAAGCUGUCAUUGCCAUUUUUGGCAUAUGGUUGUUCUCCAUCUUCAUGGCGGUGUUAAAACUCAUCCUCUGGUCCGUUCCUCCACCGUUCUACGAAAUCGCCGUCAGUGUGUCAUGUUUCUUGAUUCCUUUGGCUAUUAUGCUCCUAUGUUACAUGCAGAUCUACAGAGUGGCGCAUCAUCAGAUCAAGAAGAUAAUUCUGACAGUCCAUGGAAGUCCAAAGAGAUUUCUUCUCUCCAAAGAACUCAAAGCGGCUAAAACAGUUGGAGCAGUGAUUGGCGCUUUCGUCAUUUGUUGGGGUCCAUUCUUUGUCUUAAACCUCGUGUAUGCUUUGUGCAAAAGCUGCUUACCAAUCCCUAAAGAGGCAGUCCUGGCAGCUAAGUGGUUGCAUUAUGUCAACAGCGUACUGAACCCCAUCAUAUACGCUUGCAUGAACAAGGACUUUCGUUCAGCGUUUAAGAGACUUCUUGCGUUUUCUUGUUUCUAUAUAGUCCCUGGUAUUCGCAGACAGGAGAUGGUUUUGGAGAGAUCGAUUUAUAGCGAGCGGACCUCGCUUAGAUCAGCCAAAGGAAAUUCUGUGCGAGGAAAAAAUUCUUUGAAAGAAAACAGCUCUCUGAGAUCUCACAUAUCUCAUAUCGAGAUGAAUGGCUAUCAUUCUUGUGACAAACCAUCUUACGUAUAAAUUUUGGCUAUUCCUAGAUGCAGUCGGGCCAUAGAAAUAAGGAAGGAGCUCUUCCCGCGCAAUCUCCACACCGCGAAGGGAAAAAAUGGAACGUGGUUCCGUGCAUGGCGCGUGUGGGAUUCGUGACGCGCGCGCGUGUGGGGUGCGUGACGGGCGUUAAGUGCGUGCUGUGAUUGGCGGAAGUUUGAAUUUAAGAAAUCAUCAAUUAAGAGAACGGUCAUUAAUUAGAGUGGGGGGGGAAGGGAGGAGGAUUUUGGAGGAUCACAUGGAGGAUUGGAAGGAGAUCAGCAAUCGCCCCCCCGCACAGAGUAUAAGGGGGGGAUAUAGAAAAUUGAG